AUGCCAUUGAGCGCCGAAGAACUCGUAAAUGCCCUCCACGAGACCGCAGCCGCGAAGAACGUCGACAACUUCGUCGCCAUCGCGGGCGUCCUAGAGGACCAGGUUGACGAGACGUUCGUCCAGCAGAAGAAGGGCCAGCUCCGCCGCGUCAUCAAGUUGUACCGGCAAAUCCAGAAAGAGCAGGACGCGACGCCGCGCGAGAUCGCCCGGGCGAUGGAGGCGCUCGGCAAAAAGAUCAAAUCAUUUACGACGCCGGCGUCGGCGCCGCCGGCGCCGCCGCGCACGCACGCCCCGCCGCCGCGCCCGCCGGCAGCGGUACCGCGGCCCGUGCCGACCGGCAACCCGCCCGCGCGCGGCGACGGCCCGCCGGCAGCUUUACCGCCCGUGCCGACCGGCACGCCGCUCGCGACGCUCGCGCGGCGCCGCCCGCUCGCGGCCGCCGAGCGCGACGCGCGCCUCCGGACCGUCGCGCAGCGCCUCGAACGCCAGGGCAUCACGAGCAGUCUGAACAACACCGUGCGCUCGUCGGACAUCAAGCAGAUGUUCUUCGCGGUGGACGAGGUCUUCAUCACAGUGCAUAAAUCAAAUUGUUACAGCGCAUUGGACCUGACUCACUGUUUGAUUCAAAUUGAUUGCCCACAGGUCUUCCUCGGCGGCGCGCUCAAGGAACAUUUGAAGGGCACGCGAGACGACCUCGACCGACUUAUGCCAAGCGCGAGCAACCGGAUGACGUCGACGAUCUAUAAGUUCGAGUACCGUCAAGGCAUCGUCGUCGUAACGUUUUCGGCGGCGAUGCUCUGGAAGCAGGACUACGCGCAGGGCGCGCACGUCUGCCGCGUCCCUUGCCAGAACCGGCGCGACACGAUGACGCUGCUCGUCAUGGUGGCCGCGGGACGCCUGGCCGCCUCGCACUUAGGCCUGGACAAGGACGCCACGGCCCUGAGCCUCUUCGGUCUGCCGCGGUCGCAGGAAAUCAUCUCGAUGCCGCCGCCGCCGCGGGCCGCGGCGCGGGCGUCGGGCGUCGGCGUCGGCUCCAACGUCGCGUUCACGGACCGCGCCGGGCAGCGCCUCGUCGGCUCGGUCAAGAGCAUCCGCAAGAACGCUCAAGUCCUCGUCCCGGACCCGACGAAGCGGGGCGAGAUCUAUACCAUCAAAAGCUCGGGCCGGCGCGUCCACUACGCCAAGUGGAACAUCUCGCUCAAUUUGCUGUCCCCUGCGACCGCCCAAGACAUGGCGCGCCACGCGGAACAGGAGAAGGCCGCCGAGGCCGUCAGUUUUGCGGCUGCGUUAUCGUUCGCCGCGACUACGGCCGCCAAGGACUGGCUCCCGCCCAAGGCCGAGCCCGUGCCCGUCUCGCCCGCGCCUCCCGCAAGCUCGGGCUCCGUCGACGAGGAGGGCCUGCGCGCGCUCAAGCGCCUGCACGACGACGGCAUCAUCGACGACGAGGAGUUCGCCUCGAAGAAGAAGAAGUGCCUGGGGAUCUAGAGAACCUAACGUGCGCAUACCAAACUGGCACACGCUCCAUGUGCCAGUCACAACGCGGAUUUCGAGG